AUGACACUCCAUCUGAUCAGAUGUACUUGGUGGGUCAUAUGUAAGACAUUCACUCAAGAAUCCCUUUUUCCCGGUCUCUACCAAUACCCAGAAGGCUGCAGCUGCAUGGAAACAGAACUAGAAUGUGCUGCGUUGAAGUCUGUUCCACUUGUUUCAAGUAACGUAACCCUCCUGUCACUUACACACAACCAGAUCACUUCUCUUCAAGACGAAGUUCUCAGCAAGUGUACAAAGGUGAAGAGGAAAUUUCUACAACACAAUUGCAUUCAGACCAUAUCAAGGAAAGCAUUCUUUGGACUACGCAAACUUCAGAAAUUGCAUCUCAGUCAUAAAUGUAUCACUAGUUUGAAACCUGGGGUACGCAGAGAUCUACACAAAUUGAAAUGGCUAGUUAUAGAUUAUAGCCCAAUAGUGAAAAUUUCACAGCAGUUAUCUACUGAGAUAAAUUUUGCUUAUUGCUUCUAUGCACUCCACAUGCAAAUAUGGACAUCAUUAGCAGAUGGGAUUUCAUCAUUUGAAGGUCUCUUAGCUAACAAUGUUCUGAGAGCGUUCAUGUGGGUCAUAGCUUGCGUUACAUGUUUUGGAAAUCCUGUCACCAGAAUGAGAUGAAAGACGCACACCACAUCUAUAAAAGUUUUGUAUGUAUGUGCUGAUUGUCUAAUGGGGGUCUAUUCGUUCUUCAUUGGAGUUUUUGAUGUUAAAUACUGUGGACAGUACAAAAAUUAUUCUGUGCUGUGGAUACAAAUUUUACCGUGCUAUAUCACAGGGUCCACUGCCAUGCCAUCUACAGAGGGAUCAGUCCUGUUGUUGACGUAUCUGACCUUGGGAAAGUAUUUAGUGAUUGUCUUUCCCUUCAGUAAUAUCUGUCCUGGAAAGCAACAGACAGUAGUGAUUUUUCUAUCUGUAUGGAUUGCUGGAUUUACCACAGCAACAAUCGCAUUCUAGGGUGAGGAAUUUUGGGGUAAUUAUAAGAGGGAAAAUGGAGUUUGUUUCCCAUUGAAUAGAAGAAACGGGAGGCAACAUUAUUCCCUUGAUAUAUUUCUUAAUGUGACCCUGCUGGUCUCCAUCAUCAUUGUGUUUUCACAGGUCAGCAUGUUUUGUGUUCAAAAAACUGCCUUUCAGACAUCAGAGAUAAGGAGUCAUAUACGCAAGGGUACUGCUGUUGCAAAUCAAUAUUAUUUUGUAGUAUUCACUGAUGCCAUCUGCUGGAUUCCUGUCUUUGCCAGUGAAGUCCUCUCCUUAUUCCAGGUGGAAAUUCCAGACACUGUUCUUUCCUGGAUAGUGAUAUUUGUUCUGCCAAUACACAGUGCAUUGAACCCCAUUCUCUGUACUCUCUCAAAUACUUUCUUUAAGGAGAAGUUGAAGCAGUCACUGGACAGUCAUUGAAGGAAGGCAAUUUUCAAAAAUGAUGAAAACAUUUUGGCCACUUCAGUCACGUGGACAGAUGAUCCCCUCACCCAUAGCUCUUCAUUUAUGCUUGGAUUUUUAAAAAAUAACUCCUGA